GAGGCGUGAGGGAAGAUGUUAGAGAGGGAAGACCCAGAAGGAGAUAACAGCUGAGCACUAGGUGAGCUCCUCCUUUGGACUAGAACAAAACACUGGACAGAUGCAGGACAUGGCUGGGUACAGGCCUAGAGUCAUAGUGCUGAGUAAGAAGCCAGGUCACAGCUUUGGCUUCUUCCUGAGGCUGGAACAAGGCCAGGAAGGUCACCUGAUCAGGAACCUGGAGAUGGGCGGGCCAGCCGAGCUGGCGGGUCUGAAGGACGGAGACCGCAUCCUCCGGGUCAACGGAGCCUACGUGGAUAACAUGGACCAUCCACGGGUGGUGGAUUUGGUUAAGGAGAGCGGUCCUUCUGUCACCUUCCACGUUAUGGAUGAGGCGUCCUACAAGCAGGCGAAGGCUGAAGGGGUGGACUUGUCAGAACCUCACCCCAAACCCACCAAGCCAGCGAUGAACGGGGUGGUGGGGGGGGCGUCCAAACCCAAACUGUGUUACCUGGAAAAGUCCAGCAAGGGCUAUGGCUUCUCUCUGCGCUCCGUCAAAGGUGAAGUGGGCAUGUUCAUAACAGAGUUGACCCGGGGGGGUGCGGCCGAAAGGGCAGGUGUCCAUGACAACGAUCGCCUGAUAGAGGUCAACGGGGAGAACAUGGAGAACGCCACCCAUGACCAGAUAGUGGGGAAGAUCAAGUCCUCAGGCAGCAGCAUUAUGUUCCUCUUGGUGGACGAAGAGACGGACAGGUACUACAAGAACAAACGCAUCAGGCUAGGGGCAGGGCUGGCUACACUGAAGCACCUCCCACUAAAGCCACGUGUUGCGGACUUGGUCAAAGGAUCCGAUGGCUAUGGAUUCUUCCUACGGGCUGAGCCUAACCGGACAGGUCACUUCAUCAAGGACAUUGACCGGGGGAGCCCAGCCGAGUGGGCGGGACUUAAAGAUAUGGACAGGCUGGUUGCCGUGGGGGGAGAGGAAGUGGACGGCUACAGCCACGAGCAGGUGGUGGACAGGAUCAGGCAGUGCGGCAACAAGUGCUGCCUCCUGGUGGUGGAUGAAGACACAGACAAGCUCUACAGGCUGGGAGGCGUGUCCCCACUGCACUACUUGGAGGAGGAGGAGGGAUCCGUCCCUCUGAGCAGUCCUCCCAGUUAUCCAGAGUGUGUCCCGGCCCCAGCCCCAGCCCCGGCCCCGGCCCCGGCCCCAGCCUCCGACAGCCCAGGUCUCAAGCUGUGUCAUUUGAAGAAGACCUCCACUGGGUACGGCUUCCACCUCAACAGUAUCCAGGGGGUCUGUGGCCAGUACAUCAAAGAGCUGACAUCUUUCUCUCAGGUGGUGAAGGGCGGAGCUGCCGACAGGGCGGGUCUGGAGGAUGAUGACGUGGUGGUGGAGGUGGACGGUGUUAACGUGGAGCAGAGCAGCCACGAGGAAGUGGUGGCGUUGAUCCGUAACAGCGGCAGCUCGCUGGCGCUCCUAGUGGCCGGGAAGCAGACGUACGACAACUUCAAAGCCAACGGGGUGGCCAUCACCACCCAGCUCAUCAACCCUUCACCCCCCGCCCGGUCCCCAUCCCCACCCCCCGCCCGGUCCCCAUCCCCACCCCCCGCCCGGUCCUCAUCCCCGCCGCCAUUCCACGCCCGGAGCCACACGCCAGCCCAGAUAGACACGCCAACCACCCUGGAGGAGGUCAGUGAAGAUGAGGAGGGUGAUGAGCCAGGUACCCCACCACCCCAGGGACGAGACAGGACUUCGUCUGUGUCUUCAUCUGCCUCCUCUUCCUCCAGCUUGGACGAAAAAUUCUGAUUGCCCACCAAGAAAGAGCAACACAUUUCUGUCAUCAACCUUGGCGCAACGCUGGUAAAUGUAGGGAGUUCAGCGUAAGAUCAAAUGAAACUCUCCAAUGGCUAAUGGUUGAUGACUUGCAUGAAUGAUGCAUGGUUAAAGCAAUACCAAACGCCAAUCUAUUUAUUGAUGGAAACUUCAUUGAUCUGUUAGUGGUCCUGUUUUCACACGUAGGAUCUCUGAAUGUAGACCGAGAACACUAGCAAUGCCAGUUCAAUGUUUAAUUCACUAAUUAACACAACCAUAUAUGAAUAUAUGCUACCUAAUCAUAAUGUAGUCAUUUAAAUGAUUGUAUGUAACGUCCUUUGUGUGUUUCUCUUAAAAUAACAAACACUGCUCUCACAAAUAGAAAAAAAACCUCCUGUGCCAGAUGUGUCUAUAAUAAAUGUUUCAGUAAUACUAUAUGCCAGUAGUAACCGAUUAAAGUAAUACCACAGUAACUAACCA